CCAACAUUCCACGAAGGAACGAACGAACGAUAGAAGAUUGCGCAUGACGUCGUCUUCAGCCUUCACGCUCCCCAACAUCUCAAACAGACGAUAACACAAACGUUUGGAACCCCAGAGAAGACAAUAAAAAGAACAAAAGAAGAAGCCCAACAUGGCACCAAUCGCACUCGCCCCAAGGCUCCGGAGGGCAAGAAAUCUCCUCACCACCACCUCCUCUCACAUCCACAACAACCUCCACCCCCUCGCCAAACGAGAAAAGCUCUCCAAAUCCAACAUAAUAACCGCAGCCGUCUUCAUCGUCAUCCUCCUCUCCACCAUCCUCUUCUUCGGCAUUUUUCUACCACGCUGGACACGCAAGAAGAAGCUUGAGGAGCGCCAGCAGGCGUUGCGGGAGACGUUGACAGCCGAGGAACGGGCCGCUUCUGGACGAAGUCGAGGUGCUGCUGCUGCUGCUGCUGCUGCUGCUUCUACUGCUGGAAGAAGCUCUGGGGCCGGCGGCCAGAGACAGGGAGGGCAAGGCCAAGGGGGUGGAGGAGAAGCAAUUCCCAUGGACGACAUGGCGGUGCCGGAUGGGGAUGGCGGUUGGGUUGAGCCGCCGCCGCCGUAUGUGGCUGAUCCUAAGCCUGCUUAUCACCCGUGAUUAUGGGAGAUAUAUGUGUGGAAGAGUCGGUUGGGGAGGAGGAGGAAAGAUGGGAAAACGUAAUGUGGGAUGAAGAGGAUGAGGUACGAGGGAUCGGUUCAGAGUUUGGAAAGUGAACAAUGUUUUCCUUUGGCAGUGACUGUGGUAAGGUACUUUUUUGGUUAGAGGGUUGG